UGCGUGUAUAAAUACGACUUCUUCAUCUCAACACCUGGUCUUCAACUCAAAAGACGUCCAAUAGAAUCGAGCAUCAUCUAAACUAAGAAAUGGCUGAGUCACAGCAACUCAACACAUGGGAAGGCUAUGUAGAUUGGAAGAACAGACCGGCUCUGAAAGGCCGCCAUGGCGGCAUGCUUGCAGCCGCCAUUGUCCUGGUUGUGGAGGUGCUAGAGAACCUAGCAUACCUGGCCAACACAAGCAAUCUUGUGCUCUAUCUGUCCAAAUUCAUGCACUUCUCUCCAUCCAGCUCUGCCAACAUAGUAACCAACUUCAUGGGCACGGCCUUCGUCCUGGCUCUUGUUGGGGGUUUCUUAGCUGAUGCUUUCUUCACAACUUAUUCCAUCUAUCUCAUAAGCGCAGCAAUAGAAUUUGCGGGGCUGCUAAUUCUAACUCUGCAAGCUCAUAUAACCUCUCUUAAACCCCCAGUCAGCACAUCCACAAACAGGAACACCAGGCUUGAGCAAGCUGAUGGUGGGAAAGCAGCAAUGCUGUUUAUAGGUCUUUAUCUUGUGGCUCUGGGUGUUGGUGGGAUCAAAGGUUCCCUUCCCCCACAUGGAGCCGAGCAGUUUGAUGAAAGCACGCAAACGGGGAGGAAACAGAGAUCAUCCUUCUUCAAUUACUAUGUGUUCUGCCUCUCCUGUGGUGCCUUAGUUGCUGUGACUUUUGUGGUGUGGAUAGAGGACAACAAGGGCUGGCAAUGGGGCUUUGGGAUCGCUACUGCGACCAUACUGAUCUCCAUCCCAGUCUUCCUCCUUGGCUCCCCUACUUACAGGACCAAAAUCCCUGCAGGAAGCCCUAUUACAAGCAUAUUCAAGGUUUUGGCUGCAGCAGUUUAUGACAAGUUCAUGCCUAGGAGCAACCGAAACGUUGUUGGGACUGCUAACACAAACACGAUCGACUCCGUUGAUGACAAAGAGAAUACACAAAUUCAGGCUGCAUCACAAGACCUCAAAUUCCAUGACAUAGCGGCUGUAAGAAGGCCGGUCCACUGGGCACGAGCUUGCACCGCGAAUGAAGUCGAAGAAGCAAGGAUAGUGCUUAGGAUCUUCCCCAUCUUCAUGUCCACCAUUAUGCUAAACUGCUGCCUUGCUCAGCUCUCCACCUUCUCCGUCCAGCAAGCAGCCACUAUGAACACCAAGAUUGGCGCCUUAACAGUCCCACCGGCUUCUCUACCCGUGUUUCCCGUCCUCUUCAUGAUGGUCCUCACACCGGUCUACAACCACAUCAUCAUCCCAAUUGCCAGGAAAGUGACUAAAACCGAAAUGGGUAUCACUCAUUUACAGAGGAUAGGGACAGGGCUAGUUCUCUCUGUUGUGGCCAUGGCUGUUGCAGCUCUGGUAGAAACAAAGCGGAAGAAGGUGGCCGUGCAAUCUGGGCUGGUGAACUCUACCGAGCCACUUCCCAUCACAUUCCUCUGGAUUGCUUUGCAGUACUUGUUCUUGGGAUCGGCCGAUCUUUUCGGCUUGGCUGGGAUGAUGGAGUUCUUCUUCACAGAGGCGCCCUUCAGCAUGAGAUCUUUGGCCACCGCUCUGUCCUGGGCCUCAUUGGCAAUGGGAUACUACCUCAGCUCGGUGCUGGUGUCCAUGAUCAACAAUGUCACCAGUACAUUCAGGCACACGCCAUGGCUCUUUGGCAGCAACUUGAAUCACUAUCACCUGGAGAGGUUUUACUGGCUGAUGUGCGUGCUAAGUGUGCUGAAUUUUUUGCAUUACCUGCUAUGGGCAAGGCGCUACAGGUACAGGUACACAAGGCCUCGCAACCAUCAUCUGGAAGUUCAAACAGCAAACAGAUCUUCAGAAGUCUAGUUCUCCCCCCAUCCUGAAAAAAAUCUAUUUUAUUGGUAUUCAUGAUAUA